AUGUCAAAUCCCACGGCCAACAACGACGAAGACGAGAACAUCACGACGACGACGACCACCACGACCACCACUACCUCCUCCCUCAUCUCAUCCCCGAAAAACCACAACCGCAACCACAACGAAUUCCACAUCCUAACAACACUACAAUAUCACUUCUUCAACGAGGAAGACGAAGACGCCCGUGCUGAGGCCAAUCCACCCAUAGACACGCCAUCCAAUCUCAUCAAUACAUGGAAAACCCUCAACGCGACGCUUCUCGGCCUCCAUGCACGACGCAUCCUCGACGCGGCCACCGCGUUGAGGUGGACGGCCGUCCUCGACAUGCACCUCAACCUCGGACCUCUCAUCGAACAAGCCGCCCGGGCGCAGCUCUUCCGUCCACAUGGCACCACUGAACCCCCAGACAGGGGGGUUAUGGUCUCUGCGCGCGUCCGCGUCCUGGUCUCCGAGGCAGCUGUCGUGACCAUCGAAGUUGUUCCCCUGGGUGCGGCUGCCGCCCCGCUAGCACCCAUACUCCGGGCGCGUAUUGGGAACUACACGACCAAUCCGUUCGAAAAGGCGACAAGUCCAUCAGCGGCAGAGAUGAAAGUGCCUAGCCGAGUCAUGGUAGAUAGUCGCCCUACGCUACCUUCGGUGUUCACGCGGCAUAAGACGACGUGUCGGCAAGCGUACGAUGAGGCGAGAGGGAGGGCGGACCCGCCAUUACGGCCUACCACGAUGCCCACAGACUGCGAAGUUCUCUUGUUCAACUCCGGUGGCGAAAUCAUGGAGGCGUCCAUGUCGAGUGUUUAUUUCCUGCGGGAAGGGGAAGGCAUGUGGGUUACGCCACGGUUGGAGGCGGGGGGCAUGCAGUCUGUUACGAGGACGUAUGCGCUGGGCAAGGGGUGGUGUGUUGAGGCGGCCGUUAUGAAGGAGAGUAUAAGGGAUGGGGAGGUGGUUUGGUUGAGUAAUGCGGUUAGAGGAUUCUUUUCGGGCAGGAUACACCUUGCGGGCCAGGCUGGGUUGGGUUGA